AAGACACAUUAUUUUCAGGCAUAGGUAAGUACGAGUAAAUGCUGUUAAACGCACGUGACUGAUUAUUUGAUGGGCACGCAUCAAUGAUUUUAUUCUAACAGUUGUUCUAUUUUUUAUAAUAAUGUUAUACUAAUUUAAAAGCCUUCAUCUUGUAUGUCCUAUAUGGAUCUAAAUCUGGUGGUCAUCUCGAUCAUCUUUCGAUUCCUUCAUCGCAGAUCGUUUCGUGGUUUACUCGCUAAAAGGUGAUGUUAUAACUUUUCGAGUUAAAUAGUGAUAAGUUUAAUGAAAAUUGUGAAAAUGAAACGAUGAAGAUAAAAUGUGCCUAACCGAUCUAUUCCGUAUACCGAGCAAAAAAUCAUUCAAAAAAUGCCCUUCUUUCGGCAAAAAGAAAAAACCUCGCAAACUAAGUCGUACACCAUCUACAGCUCCAAUUCUACGAUCAUCGAUCUUGAAAUCAACCUGCAACAUUUACACUUUAGCUACUUUGAAUUCUUUAAGAAAUACGAAUACGACACAAAAGACGACAUCAGACAGCGAUGGCACAGAUUACACCAAAUCAUCAUCGACAGAAUACGAAUCCUUCGAAGAUUCUAAACAGAAACAGCUCGAAAUUCACCUGCCACAACGUACUGCUAGAAAUGGCAUCAUCGAUUCCGUUGCACGAAGUCCUCUCUUAGAGGCUGCUGUCGCCGGCCAAUUAUCAGCCAUUCAGUGGUUUCUAAAACACACCUGUUGCACUUUGAAUGAAAAAGAUACCAAUGGAUGUAAUAUAUUGCAUUUGGCGGCGAGGUAAGUCCUCAAUCCACAGUAUAGGCAUAACGGUGAAGGUAUUUCGUUGAAUUAUUGCUGCAGUUUUGAUAUUAUUUAUGCAACGAGUAGGUAUGUUUUUAUAACAACUCGUUUUUGAAAUUGUACUUAAUACUACUUGGAACUUUCUCAAGGUUAAUGUUUCUAAAUCGAUCCGAUUUAUUUAUUAUUUGAAAGAAAGUGCUCGUUUGAGCAAUUCUGUUGUCGUAAUGUUGACAUUUUCUCAGCUAAAAUUUUUCAGUGCCAUUACUAAAAAAAAAAGAGUGAAAGAUGAUCUAUCGUGGUUUUUAUAUACUUAUUCCAGCACAUGAUCUAAAUGUUAAGAGAUGGGACAUUGGGUGAAAGAAGAAUAGGGAGGGGGUCGAAGGAUUUCACUCAUAAUUUAU